UCUAUUUCUUUCCGAGCCCCCCUCCCCUUCUUCAUGAUUGUCUUGAUCAGCAAUACUUGAAUCAUUAAACGGCUACCCACCUAUCGAUUGCGUAUUUAGAGGGGAAAAAAAAAAAAGAGAAGCUCAGCCCCCAAUGACACAAUCCAACCAAGCGGUGGUGAAUCCCCGCGUUCCUAUCUGGCGCUCGAUUCUCCAAAACGAUACCAAGAGCUGGGUCCUAUUUGAACACGGGACUUGCGUGAUUCUCAUGGAGCCCGAGAGUGACUUGGCCGCGCAGGCCAGCGAAAUCCUUUCGACCUGGGGCCCUGUUUGCGCUGGUACCCCCGCCGGGGACUUUAACGUCAUCGACCUGGCCGAGCCUUGUACUGGGUGGGUGGUUACGGGACACCAUCCUGAUGUGCUCAACUAUGUCUCUCCGCAAGAUGUGACCGAGUCCUCCAUUCUGUCUGAUAUGCAAAUAGGGUUGUUGGGUAGAGGGUAUCGGGACGAGGAUGCAAAUUCGUUGAACGUUGUUCAUGUGGAGGACAACCGUGUUAAGAACUAGGAAUGGCCAGCCUGGACGCUAGAGAACUAUGCUCUAUCUGUCAUUUCGGGAUUGGUGCUCGGGAAUCGGGCGAUCCUGCAUCGCAUCACAACGAUGUGUUGAGUUGGAACUUUGAUGUACUUUCCAUACAUAUAGUGUACAAAAGUGUAUGAAUCCCAAACCAAUGUAUGAAAAGAAAAUACAAAAAUUUAAACAAGCUAUGCA